GGCGACAGCAGGAGGAUGACAACACAGUAGGGCCCGUUUAUCCAUUCAGAUUGUUUGUCAAACAUCGACAAAAAAGUAAGGUUUUUUCCCACAUGACAUUGUAUUUUCCUGAGCAUAUUAACUACCCGUUUCGGGGACAUAAAAAUAAUGACCUGACAGCAAUCACUCUAGUUCACUAACCCGUUCUUUGUUGAGUUUCCUCAAGCUAAGUUAGCUUAGCUAGCAGAGAAGCUAACCUCAAUAAGGUGGAUCACGGUUGUAGUUUUACAUUCCUGGAGUUAGUUUGCAAGCCCAGCAGGAAGCGUUCAGUUUUAGGGCUACAGCUCUGCUUUGGGGGUGCUAAUUCUUUAUGUCUUACUGGGAGGACCAGCUGCAGCACCAUGGCAGAUGACAAGGACGUAUUGAGAGAUGUUUGGUUCGGUCGCAUACCCACCUGCUUCACUCUGAACCCGGAUGAAGUGACUGAAAGAGAGGCAGAAGCAUACUAUCUGCUGCUACCCAGGGUGAGCUAUCUGCCUAUUGUCACAGACAAAGUGAAGAAACACUUCCUCAAAGUGAUGAGGGCAGAGGAUGUGGAGGAAAUGUGGUUCGAGUAUGAAGGAACGCCGCUCAAAUGGCACUAUCCUAUUGGAGUUCUGUUUGACCUUCAUGCCUCUAAUACAGUCUUACCCUGGAACAUCACUGUGCGCUUUAAGAAUUUCCCAGACCAGGAUCUACUGCACUGCCCAUCAAAUUCCAUAGUUGAGGCUCACUUCAUGUCCAGCAUCAAGGAGGCGGACGCCCUCAAGCACAAGAGCCAAGUAGUCAAUGACAUGCAAAAGAAAGACCACAAACAGCUGUGGAUGGGGCUGCAGAACGAUAAGUUUGACCAGUUUUGGGCGAUGAACAGGAAGCUGAUGGAAUAUCCCACAGAGGAUGGAGGCUUUAGGUACAUACCCUUCAGGAUAUACCAGACGCUGAGCGACAGGCCAUUCAUCCAAAAACUGUUUCGCCCUGUUUCGCCUGACUGCAAUGCACACACACUUGGCGACCUGCUGAAGGAGAUGUAUCCAGAUGCUUUAACAAAUGAUGGUGAGCGGAAGCGCUAUCAAGUCUUGAUCCACGGCAUUGAGCCGCUACUGGAAACUCCUCUGCAGUGGCUCAGUGAACACCUGAGCCAUCCUGACAACUUCCUGCACAUCUGUGUCGUCCCUGUGCCCACUGAUUGAGACCGCGCCUCUGCACCUUGUCAUCCCAAGACUCAUCAGCCAAUCACCUGCUAGCUGAAUAACCUCAGACAUGGUAGAACUUCACUGUGGAAACUUGGAGCUGACAGACAUUAAAGGAGAAGGAUAAUAUUGUUGAUCACAAAUAUGAACAAGAUCUCCUUUAUUUGGUUACAUUUCCAUUUGGUCACUUCUACUGCUAUCCCUCUCUCAGAAAUUUCACAAAGACACAAAAGAUGAAAGGAACUUUUCUUGUUCAAGAAGCAACUCUUUAAGACACAGGAGUCAAACUCCAGUCCUGAAGGGCCACUGCCCUGCAACUUUUAGAUGUGCCUCUGCUGCACCACACCUGAAGAGAAUAAUUAGGUCAUUAGCUGGGCCCUGGAGAACUUCUCUACCAAAAAGGAGGUAACUAAGCCUUUCUACUCCACUGUUUUGUACCUGUGGCACAUCUAAAAACUGCAGAACAGUGGCCCUUGAGGACUGGAGUUUGAUACCCCUGCUUUAAGAGAAGAGAUUGCUUCUUUUUUUUUUUUUUCCUGUUUUUCUGUUUUAUAUAUUCUCCAAAUAACCAAAUAUAUACACUGGAGGUGAACAUUUUUUAAAUUUCCAUCUUCCUUCUCAUUUAAAAGACUGUCUUUGAGACAGGGAUGCUGUUCUGGGCAUUGAGGGGGAGGAUGUGGUGUCAGAUUCUGCUGAAGUUGCCUUAGUUAUUUACCGUCAUGCAUCAUGACUUAGAUGGUGUUGAUGAGUUUACAUCACAGUCUAGAAAGUUGUUCACCUUUUUAAGAAUACUAAUAAAACUGUAAUAUUUCACCAAAAUAAAAAUAUAAUCUUCACCAGUGUUUGGUUCUGGAAGUUUUGCAGCAUUCACAGGAAUUUGGUUGGACCAAACUCUUCCUGCAACUGCUGAGAUCAACAUCUCAUUCUGAGCUAUCCGAAGAUGCAGCAAAAUAACAGAAAAUAUCUAAAUUAUUACGCUACAUCAUUAUUCCUAACUUAACAUUAAGAUGUUAAUUUAACUUUUAAAAAUAUACAUUUUAAUUUCUCUUUGUGUUCAGCUGCAAAUUUGAAACUUAUAUACCUGUCAUUAUUAAACCAAAAGGUUAAACUAAAUCUGAUUUGUGUUUUAACAUGUCUGCAAAGAUGGAAGGAGAUGCAACAUUUUCACAUGGUGUCAUCAAGUCGUCAAGUGUUUAAUGAGCUUCAAUGAUUAUGUUUGGAGGACUCUGGGAAAACAAUCCACACAUCUUAAAUUGCAGGUGUUGAUUUCUUGCCUUCAGUACAACAUUCAGCUUGGUUUUAUAGACUUUUUUUCUUGAGACUUGGCCCAAACUUUUUCGAUCCACAGCCAAGCUUAAAUGGGCAUCUGGUUUUGUUAAAACUUAAAGAGCUGAGCGUGAAUGAUGAGACUAUUAGCUUUAGGUGGGCAACUUUCUGGGACCAUUUAAUGCAUAGGGUUUAUUAAACAUAUUUAUGUUGUAGGCACACAACUAUAUCAAUAUCAAUCAAUUGAUAUAGUUGGAUUAGUCCACCAAACACUUUGCAUCACUUUGCAUCCUAGAAAAAUAUAAAAAUCAAACAGUUUUUGGUUGCUCGUACAAAUUUUGUCUAAAUACUUUAGGCUUGGAUUUCCGAACAGCUUUUCAGUCUUAGACAUUUAUAGAGACACAAACAUGGAUACCUUUAUGCAUUAAAUAUAGCAUUUAGCUUUACAUAUUGUGUAAACAGAAAACAGUUUGAUUUUUGUCUCUGCCUUUUCAAUUACAUAUAGCUCUUGAGGAUCUUAUUUGCGGUUCAGUAUUUGUUUUUGUUUCUAUGAAAUUUGCAGAUUUUUUUCCUGCGUAUCUAAAAUGUCCAAACAAAGAAAAUGAAGAAAAAAGUCACAAUUCAAGAAUAGAGCAGUGCACUAAUCCUGUUGGUUUUCACUGCUGCCAAAUUGUCUGGAAGAAGGCAGCCACUGCAUGUUCCUCUUCAAUACAAGAAAGACAAAUUUGGCUUUUUGGGCAUGAUAGUGGUGCCUAUGUGAUGAAAACAAAAGGAGUGCCACCCAACCCUAAUCCUACAACAGUUUACUUGGUCCCAUUUUUUUCACAAAGUAAUCGAAAGUGCUUUACAGAAAAAUAAACGAAGGUGAAGAAAAUUACACUGAAUACAAUGAAUACACUAAAGGAAUAGUUGUAAAGUUGAAGCAUCACUUGGAGAGAUAGAAAACUACACAAAAGCUAACUUAAAACAUAGAAGUAGGUUAUAAAUUAUUUUAAAAAUACUGAGCAUUAAUUGGAGAGCUGCAUCAAGCAAUAUUUUCAGUUCUUUAUGAAGGUAGACAAACAUUUCUGAAAUAAGAGCAAAUAGAUCUUGUAUAGCAUUUUUGUUUUAAAUAUAAACACUCUUACAUGGAAAGUUAUUAUUCUGAGAAUGUCAUAAUGUUAAAUUAUUUUUGUAAAACAACCUGCACCUUUAAAAAGAAAAGUUCAAUUACCUGCUGACUGAUUUGAUAUAAUACAAUGUGAAAAUGUUAAGCUUCUUUCUACGUGUUUUUUUUUUUUUUUUUUUUCUAAAAAUGUUGCAAACUUAUGUUUUGAUUCUAAUCUUGUUUCUGGAGAUUUUUUUUUAUCUAUUUACAUAAAAAACAUUCUGGUACAUCUUAAAAAAAUAUCUAACAUUGAGGGUUAAUGAUUAGUGAAACAUGAAUUUUUAUUAUGAUUUUAGAGAAACUUUCCCCAUGCUUUCUCUUUUUUCUUUAUUCAUCUUUUAAAGCACAUCUCCCCCUCUCAUGUGUUUUACUGCUGACACUCACCCUCCCUCUCGCUCUUCAUCUCUCCUGGUUAAUUAUCUGCUGGCACCCACUCGCUGCUAAUGAGACCGCUAAACUGUCCAGACAGGCCUGGGGCUGCUCUGUCACUGUGUGCGCUUUCAGGGAGUCAAACUCUGCAGUGUGAGUAUGUGUACAUAAUUACAGACAUCAUUUAUAGCCCCCUGCAGGUGUGUGAGUGCAGAUUCAGAUGUCUACACACACAUAGACGCUUGUCUAUUGUCACAAUGCCAGUCUGCUAAUUUAAAGUGUAUGUUGUAUGAGUGAUGUCACACAUCAUGUCAUCACUUCAGGCUUCCUCACUGCUGUUUCUGCCGCCAAGAAUGAUUGGACCGUGUGUUUUAUGGUGUUGAGUCAAAAAGCCGCCACUCGGCGUGGGGUAAUGCGUCUGUUUUUGUGUGUGAAAAUGUGUUUUGUAUACUAUGCAAUCUGGGGCCGGAGACGUAGUGAUGAAUGGUCUGACGCACUUUAAUGGGAUUUCCCGGCCCGUCAUCCAUCCCCCACACUGUACGGCACACCGAGGCAGAAGAGGCUCUGAAAAUAAAAGCCGAGCAAGAGUGUGUUGCUUCGUGAGGGGCGGCGAUGGAAUGAGUUAAAUUGCUUGCAGAAAUCUAUUUCCAUCUCAAUUUGACAUGCUUUAGACCUGAAUCAGAAAUGAUAGCAUCAUUCCUCCUCAUUCGGUCCAGAUCGUCUAGACAAGUUCUGAACAAGUGUUGUUCUAAAUAUUUUUAAAAAAUGGCUCUAAAGCUUUACUUGAAGCAGUUGUAGAAGUUUAUUAUUGCCAAAACACUCAGUUUCACGAUCCUUGUAAGUCAACACCUGGGUUACGAUCCCCCAUCAUGGUGGUUUCAAAUGUCUAAGAGCCAUUGCACACCUGAAAGUCUUAACUAAGGUUCAUUGUUUUUGUUUAAUUGUGAAUAUUUGGUCCAGUGGUUUAUACUUCCCACAAGAAUGUGAUACUCGUACUGUCACAUAGCUAAUGACAUAGCUAUUUUGGCAGAAAUUACCUUAAUUUUAAUAUCAUUAGGCUGGUCACAAUAAAAAAUCUUGCUAGAUGAUAAAUUAACCCAAUAACUAUACCGAUAAAUAAUACUAAUGCUGUUUUGAAUCCAUUUUCAAGUAAUAUAUUUAUAAUGACAUUCAUUUAACUUUGGCCUCUGAAAAACCAAAAAAAAAUAAUUUUGCAAAGAACACACUGGAACUCAAACAUAUUUUAAAUAUUCAAAGUAAAUCACUACCAGAAAUGAUAAAACAGAAUCAAAAACCACACCAACCAAAACCAAAAAUAAAUUGGUUAAGUCUUUAUAAACAAAAUUGCUAUUCAAAAAUAUCUAUCAUAAAAAUGGAAAUUAGCACGCUUAUUUUAAUUGAUUGUGUUAAGUAAUUGUGUCAGAAUUAAAUUUCAUUAUUGUUGAGAUGACAUUAUAGUAUUUUUCUUAUACAAUUUCUGGGGUGACGCAGCUGUCAUCUUGGAAUACAGAAGUUUGUUUUUUGUUUUUUUUAUAUCGUCAUUCUUCCUUCUUCCUCUUUCAUGCCACAUGUUAAAGUCACCCUGAGUAAAACACGUAAUCCAAAUUAUCUGCUGAUCUAUGCAUCACUGUGCGAAUGCAUGUAUUUGUCAUUGCAAUAGGUCUGAUGUAAAGUUCUUUGAUUGGUUGGUUUGACUAGAAAAGUGCCAAGUAAAUUGAAUCCAUUUAAAAGUCAGCACAAUGUGAAUUAACAUAUUCAACCUAAAUCUCACUCUCUGAAGUUGAAUUAAAUGUGAUUAAUUUCAUGGGUCAUACACACUUCCGGCUACAAUAAUGUUUAAUGUUUUAUUAUACCAUCUCCAGCAGUUUAGAAGUACAAAAAACAGGCAAGUUUACAAACUUCUGCUGUAAUUAAAAACCAGUCUUGAGAUUUAAAUCACAACCACAUUUUAUAUUCAUGCUCUCAUUUUGUCCUGUCCUCUUUCUGAUUUGUACCUUACAAACAAACUACUUCAAACUGUAUUUUAAUUUUCUUCUGUCGAUGCUUAGGCAGUUUUUCAAUGGAAUAUGAAAAUAAAUCUUUAGAAAAGUUCUUAAAA